UACAGACAAGUGAUUAGGGACCGGUGGCCGGAGAACAUCACAAUGAUGGAGGGUCAAGAUGCUUAGGAUAAUCCGCAGACGGUUGAGAUCAGGAUGCUCAGUACACUUGAGGGCAAGUGUGUUCUUGAGGGGGUGGAAUUUGUCAUGAUCCGCUGUAACUAAUCGUGAUUAGUUGAUGUAAUCCGAACCGGGGUAUAUAACCAGGAAGGAAUCACCUUAUUUUGUAAGAACUCUCCAGAAACUCUCUGAACUCAGCGACCGACAAGCUUACAUGCCACUUUCCCCAAUUUGAUUCCAUUCCGAUUCUUGCGAUUUCGUCCGAAUUCCUCUGAGUUCUGACACUCGCGCCCCUCCCGCCGCCGCCGCUGCUCUCCUACCGCCGCGGUCUCGCCUCCACCGCCGUUCCAUCUCUAGGUUUCUAACCUCAAGCCGCCCUCGUGCACCCUCGCAUUCGCAGAAGGAGAACUUUAUGGAAUGCGUAACGACAAGUUUUGCAAGAAAUGUGGGAAGGGAGUACAACAUCACAUGUCUGAAUAAGUCAGUGUCUGAAAACCAAUGGAUUCCCAAAACGUUCCUCUGCUGUCACCCUGCUUCCACAAACUCCAGACAAUGUCACAAAUUCACUACUAUGGUGUAUCCCAUGAGCCCAGUUGUUGGAAGACGUGCACCCUGGAGAUCCUUUGCAGCAAGUCUGAAUUUAGAAGAUGGGUCUGCACCCUCCAACUCUACAUCAUCUUCAUUGGAGCAGACUAGUGAUGCUGAUGGAACUAUUCGUGGUGAUGCAUCUGAAAAACUGCUUUCCCGAAAGUUGAACUCUGAUGAGUUGAAAUCCCUUUUGGCUGAUUCAGAACGAAGUAAGCUUUUGAGAAGGCUUAGCGAAGCAAAUCAAUAUAAUCGGUUCCUCAAGAGACAGUUGCAAUUAAAGGAUGAUGCCGCUGUAAAGUUCAAAAGCGAACUUGCUGUUUUGGAACUCGAACUGCAGGCUCUGGUUGGCCUAGCUGAAGAGAUUGCUAGUUUUGAUGUUCCGUUAGGGUCUAGGAAGAUAAGUGGAAAAUAUGUUCAGUCUCAUCUUCUCUCCAGAUUAGAAGCUGUUCAUGAUAAGGUUAUGGAACAGAUAAAGGAUGUUGACUUUUUAAAACCCCGGGAAAUUUCUGUCUACUGGGUUGGCAUGGCUGAGAAUGUACAAAUUAUGGGCUCCUUCGACGGCUGGUCCCAGGGUGAGGCAAUGUCCAUGGAGUAUUCAGGUGAUUAUGCAAGAUUCUCUGCGACACUGAAGCUUAGACCUGGGAGGUAUGAGAUCAAGUUCUUGGUUGAUGGGGAUUGGAGAUUGUCACCUCAAUACCCCAUUGCUGGUGAGGGAAUGACGCAGAACAAUAUUCUCGCCGUGGAAUAGUAGAUUUUGCUCUUGUCCUAUCAUUCCAUGUAAGCAAUUUGGUAGGUCCAAAACCCCUCCAAAGUGUACCCCUAUGCCUUGUUUCAUUAUGUGAUACCCUUGCGUUUGUCUCACAGAAAUUAAUGUUUUGUGAAAUGCAAGCUCCUAUUUUCCUGA